CCAUGGUGGAAAUCCUACUGGGCUGCUAAGGAAGCCCAAAAGAUCAUGGAUCAUCUUGGACGUCAAAAACAGACGGUUGAUGAUGGUCAAAAUCUGCCGCCAAAUUUCUUCGCAAGUUUUUCCACGGGACCAUUACUAUGAAAAGGUCAACUAAUAUUUGGAACUUUCUUCGUCUUCAAUCUCCUCUCUCUGAACUCAUCGACUCAUCCAAAUGGGUAUUUUGAGCAGCUCUGGGUUGGUUAACUGGGAGUCCGAAUCAGAUCCAGCUGCCAAGGACUUUCUGUUCCUUCCAUUCUUUGCUCUCUUCUUCCCCUCUGUCAGGCUCUUUCUUGACACCUACGUCUUUGAGAACUUAGGAAAAAGACUGAUUUUUGGGAAGGGUCACCCCAAACAUGAUUUUGGGACAAAUAUUAAGAGGAAGAAACUCAAUAAAUUUAAAGAGUCAGCAUGGAAAUGCGUUUAUUUUUUGUCUGCAGAACUUUUGGUACUUUAUGUUUCCUAUGAUGAGCCUUGGUUCACUGAUACCAAGUACUUUUGGGUAGGGCCCGGAGAUCAGGUUUGGCCUGACCAGAAAAUUAAAUUGAAAUUGAAAGGAUUGUACAUGUAUGUUGCUGGAUUCUACUCAUACUCCAUAUUUGCUUUGCUCUUCUGGGAAACCAGGCGUUCAGACUUUGCAGUGUCAAUGACUCAUCAUAUUGCAACUGUCAUUCUCGUUGUGUUGUCUUACAUGUUUAGGUUCACUCGUGUUGGUUCAGUUGCUCUAGCCCUCCAUGAUGCCACCGAUGUUUUCUUAGAAGUUGGAAAGAUAUCAAAAUACAGUGGCUAUGAAAGGAUUGCUAACAUAUCUUUCAUUCUUUUUGUUCUCUCUUGGACUAUACUUCGCAUAAUUUGCUAUCCACUCCUGGUACUUCGGAGUACAACCUACGAGGUUCUUCUAACCUUGGACAUGGAGAAGCACAUGGUGGAUGGGUCCAUCUUUUAUUAUCUGUUUAAUACUCUUCUAUUCUGCUUGCUUGGAGUCAACAUUUAUUGGUGGAAGUUAAUGCUUGGGAUGGUUGUUGAGCAGAUCCGGGCAAAAGGCCAGCUUGGUGACGACAUUCGCUCAGAUUCCGAAGGUGAGAAUGAACAUGAUGACUGACCAUCAAAAAGGAAUAAUGAAGUUCAUCUAAAUCCGUACCAAGAUGGAACUCAACAAAGGCAUGCUCAUCAUCUCAUUUCCACAAGGAAUUUGUAGUUUACAUUCCUGUAGAGAUCCUGAGACACACAAAGAGCCUCAGUUAACUCUCAGACAGACUUCAAGCAUAGCCCAAGAUUUGGCCUAUUUUUUACAGUUGUAGUACUAUUAUAUCAAUGGAAGACAUUAAUAUUUCUUGUCACUUGGCAUCAUGGAUACUAUUGCAACACAUAAAUCUGUAAAUAAUCAUGUAAUGUGUUUUGUUAAAUGAAAACACAGAGUGUGUAAGGAACUUGAAUAUUUACCACUUUGUAAACGUGUCAACAAUUUAAUUGAGGUUUUUAUUUGUGUCCUCGACACGUAAAUAGAAAAUAUGUAAAUUUUACAA